AAGAUUCACGAGUGUAAAUUUACCGCCCGUUCGAGCAACUCUUGGGUUGAUGUUGGUGCACUGAGGACUGGACUUAGAACCAUUAUCAUGGUCACCACUAGCUAAGGCUGAUGGAUUGGAAGCUAUUCCACAGUCCCACUGGGCUGAACGUGGCAUGGCAUCGAAUGCGGUACUGUACCCUUCUCUUAGCGUGCAGUGGCCGCAGAGAUCUUGGGACUCUUUCCAAAUGCGUUAAAUCUCGGAACACCCAUGUCCUUUGAUUUCAACAUGGCCGACCCAACCACAGCCGUCUCCGAUCCCAGGUUCUCUCUCUCUCUCUCUCUCUCCUCUCUGUGUUCAUUUUUUUUAUGUUAAAACUUUUUAUGAAUAGGGGGAUGUGUGAUGAAUCUGAUUUCAACGGUGGUGCUGAGGUUGGUUCUGUGCCAAUUGGGUAUGCCGAGAUCAUCGUGGUGCGACAUGGAGAAACAGAAUGGAAUGUUGAUGGAAGAAUACAGGGACACCUGGAUGUUGAAUUGAAUGAAGUUGGGAGAAAGCAAGCUGCUGCAGUGGCUGAUCGACUCUCUAAGGAGUCUGCAGUUUCUGCUGUAUACUCUUCGGAUCUGAAGCGAGCUCUGGAAACUGCCCAGGUUAUGGCAAGCAGCUGUGGUGUUCCCGAGAUUAUACAAGAUCCAGACCUCAGGGAAAGACAUCUUGGAAAUCUUCAAGGUCUAACAUCACAUGAGGUAGCCAAUCUUAAGCCUAAUGAUUAUGAAGCAUGCACUUCUUCCAGAACAGAUCAAGAAAUCCCGGGUGGUGGAGAAAGUUUUGAUCAACUUUAUCACCGGUGCACAUCUUCUCUGGAGAGGAUUGCCAUGAAGCAUAUAGGUAAGCGAGUGGUAGUGGUUACUCAUGGCGGAGUUCUGCGGGCACUUCACAGACGAGCUAAUCCAACACUAAAUUUGCAGGAAAAGAUAUUAAAUGCAUCUGUUAGCAUAUUUCACAUAUCCAGUGAAAAAUGGAUCGUAAAAACGUGGAAUAACAUUGACCAUCUCAACAAAACUGGGUUUCUUGAGACUGCCUUCGGAGGUGACAGCAAUUCUGGUUAAUCUGUCAAGAAUACCUUCAGAAUUCUGCAUCUUUGUGAUACAAGUUGGCUAAUUAACUUCAUAGUUUGAUUGAACGACCCAACAAGAAGAGCGAUAAUUUUGCAGUAAUGUAAACCAAUUGUCGGUUAAAUACAAUGUUUUUAUAGCUUAAUGUAUGAACAAUCUGUCUUUAUUGAUUAUUCUUGAGAAAUGGCUAGUUUUGUUGCUGUUUUACUGGAUAUAAAUCUAG